AUGUCUAGUUCUGAAGAUGCAAAACUAAAUCAUGCUGCUACUAUAGGAACUAAAGGAACUUAUUCAAGUUCUGAUGAUGGUCAAACUUUUGAUGCUUAUAGAGAAACUAUUGAAACAACUGAAAAAUUCUUUAAAACUAAUAUUCAAGAAGGUUUAUCUGAACAAACUGCUGAUCAAUUAUUAAAACAAUGGGGUGAAAAUACUCUUGGUGAUGAUCAAAAAAUUAAUGUUGUUAAAAUUAUUGUUCGUCAAUCUUGUAAUGCUAUGAUUUUAGUGUUGAUUAUAUCUAUGGCUAUUGCUUUAGGUAUUAAAGAUUGGAUUUCUGGUGGUGUAAUUGCCUUUGUUGUUGGUAUUAACGUUGGUAUUGGUUCUUUACAAGAGUAUAAAGCUUCUAAAACUAUGAAUUCUUUAAAAUCUUUAUCUUCUCCAACUGCAAGAGCUAUUAGAAAUGGUGAAUUGAAGACUAUCCCAACAAAAUUUGUUGUUCCAGGUGAUGUUGUUUCUGUUAAAGUUGGUGAUACAAUUCCUGCAGAUUUAAGAAUUGUUGAUUGUUUAAAUUUUGAAACUGAUGAAGCUUUAUUAACUGGUGAAUCUUUACCCGUGGCUAAAGAAUUUGAAACUGUUUAUCAUGAAGAAAUUGGUGUUGGUGAUCGUUUAAAUAUGGCUUUUUCAUCUUCAGUUGUUACAAAAGGUCGUGCUACUGGUAUUGCAGUUAAAACUGGUUUACAAACUGAAAUUGGUGAAAUUGCUCAAUCUUUAAAAAGUCAAAAAAAAUCAUUACAUACUGAUGAUGAUAAUUCUGCAUGGAAAAAUUUCUUAAUCUUGAUUAAAGAUGGUGUUGGUUCAUUUUUAGGUACAACUGUUGGUACUCCAUUAUCAAGAAAAUUAUCAAAAUUAGCUAUUGGUUUAUUUAUUGUUGCAGUUUUAUUUGCCAUUAUUGUUAUGGCUACUCAAAAAAUGGUUGUUCCAAGUGAAGUUGCAAUUUAUGCAAUUUGUGUCGCUUUAUCUAUGAUUCCAUCUUCAUUAGUUGUUGUUUUAACAAUUACAAUGAGUGCAGGUGCUAAAACUAUGGUUCAAAGAAAUGUUAUUAUUAGAAAAUUAGAUUCUUUAGAAGCUUUAGGUUCAAUUAAUGAUAUUUGUUCAGAUAAAACUGGUACUUUAACUCAAGGUAAAAUGUUGGUUAAAGCUGUUUGGGUUCCAUCUUCUGGUACUUAUAAUGUUCAUGAUACUUCAGAUCCUUUUAAUCCAACAAUUGGUACGCUAUCAUAUUCUUCACAAUCACCAAGUGAAAAUUCAAAAGAUCAUUCUGAAAAACCUGAUGAAACUAAUGUUGAUAUUGAAAAUUCAUUUUUCCAAAAUUGGUUAUAUUGUGCUACAUUAGCUAAUAUUGCAACUGUUUUUAAAGAUGAACAUGGUGAUUGGAAAGCUCAUGGUGAUCCAACUGAAAUUGCUAUUCAAGUUUUCGCUUAUAGAAAUGGAUUACCAAGAUCAGAUUUAACAAAAGGUGAUUUACCAAAAUAUAAACAUAUUAAUGAAUUCCCAUUUGAUUCUUCUGUUAAAAAAAUGAGUGCAAUUUAUAAUGAAGCUGGUAAUGAAAAGGAAAAUAAAGUUUAUACAAAAGGUGCUGUGGAAAGAGUUUUACAAUCUUGUAAAAAUUGGUAUGUAAAUGGUGAAUUAAAACCAUUAACUGAAGAAGAUCAAACUUCAAUUGAAGAAAAUAUGAAUAGUUUAUCUGGUGAAGGUUUAAGAGUUUUAGCAUUUGCAACUAAAACAAUUCCAAUUGAUCAUGAUACUACAAAUCGUGAUACAAUUGAAUCUGAUUUAACAUUUUUAGGUUUAGUUGGUAUUUAUGAUCCUCCAAGAUUAGAAUCCCUUGGUGCUGUUAAAAAAUGUCAUAAAGCUGGUAUUAAUGUUCAUAUGUUGACUGGUGAUCAUCCAGGUACUGCAAGAACAAUUGCUCAAGAAGUUGGAAUUUUACCACAUAAUUUAUAUCAUUAUGCUCAAGAUGUUGUUGAAAGUAUGGUUAUGACUGCUAAACAAUUUGAUGAUUUAACAGAUGCACAAAUUGAUGAAUUACCUGUUUUACCAUUAGUUAUUGCUCGUUGUGCUCCACAAACUAAAGUUCGUAUGAUUGAUGCUUUACAUCGUCGUAAAAAAUUUUGUGCAAUGACUGGUGAUGGUGUUAAUGAUUCUCCAAGUUUGAAAAAAGCUGAUGUUGGUAUUGCUAUGGGUAUUGCAGGUUCAGAUGUUGCAAAAGAUGUUUCAGAUAUUGUUUUAAGUGAUGAUAAUUUUGCUUCAAUUAUUAAUGGUAUUGAAGAAGGUAGAAGAAUGAAUGAUAAUAUUCAAAAAUUCGUUUUACAAUUAUUAGCUGAAAAUGUUGCACAAGCUUUAUAUUUAAUGAUUGGUUUAGCAUUUAAAGAUGUUAAUGGAUUAAGUGUUUUCCCAUUAUCACCAGUUGAAGUUUUAUGGAUUAUUGUUAUUACUUCAUGUUUCCCAGCUAUGGGGUUAGGUUUAGAAAGAGCACAACCAGAUGUUAUGCAUAAAGAUCCAAAACCUUCAAAAGAAUCUGUUUUUUCAAAAGAAAUGCUUGUUGAUUUACUUUGUUAUGGAUUUUGGAUGGCAAUUUGUUGUUUAGGUUGUUUUCUUGUUGUUACUUAUGAUUGGGGUAAUGGAGAAUUAGGUACUGAUUGUAAUAAAGAAUAUAGUGAUUCAUGUUAUUAUAUUUUUAGAUCAAGAUCAGCUUCAUUUGCUACAAUGACUUGGUGUGCAUUAGUUUUAGCUUGGGAAGUUAUUGAUAUGAGAAGAUCAUUAUUUGCAAUGCAAGAUGAAACAGAAACACCAUAUACUCAAGUUUUCAAAGAUUUAUGGUCAAAUCAAUUUUUAUUUUGGUCAGUUGUUGGUGGGUUUAUUUCAGUUUUCCCAGUUGUUUAUAUUCCAGUUAUUAAUAAAGUUGUGUUUUUACAUGGACCAAUUGGUAAAGAAUGGGGGUUAGCAUUUGCAUUCACUAUAGCAUUUUGGAUUGGAUGUGAAUUUUAUAAAUUUUUGAAGAGACAAUAUUUAAAGAAACAAACUGUUCAUAAUCCUGAACAUGAUUUAGAAAAGAAGAAUCCAUUUGAUAAAUAUGCAAGUUUUUCAAGAGCUGGUACUAUGCAACCAGGAGCAUAA